CAAGAGUUGUUCAAGAUUCAUUUCUUCUCCUCGUAAAUUUCAAUGUUUGAGCAACCGAAUUUUCUGCAAGUUCAUUUGCUUGAUCAAUUGCACUUUGGUUCAAUUUGUAUGAUACGUCGGUUCUUUUCACUUCUUUUGUACCAUGAUCUGAACUCAAUAAUACUUUCUGCUGGCCUUCUUAUUUUCUUUUCCCAGCACAAAAACCUCAGAAACAUUAUCUAGUUUGUCUGCUGAAUGCCAUUGUUGCACAUGCAGAUUUUACUAUAAUUCUUGAAACUUCUCCUGACUGAAUGAUUUGACAUAGUUUGUGACUUCUGCUGUUAGGUGUAUGCCGUUUAGUCUGGCUAGCUUCUGUUUCUAACGGGUCAUUGAGGUUGAAGUGGUUGAGUAAACGGCAGUAAUGGAUGCACAGAACCCUCUUCUAGGAGAAACCACUUGUGGCACUUUAUUGCAGAAACUGCAAGAAAUAUGGGAUGAAGUCGGCGAAAGUGAUGAAGAGAGAGACAAGAUGCUUCUGCAGAUAGAACAAGAGUGCUUGGAUGUGUACAAGAGGAAGGUUGAGCAGGCUGAAAAAUCAAGAGCAGAACUUCUUCUGACCUUGUCGGAUGCCAAACUCGAACUUUCCACACUUGUAGCAGCUCUUGGAGAUAAAAGUUUCCUUGGCGUUGAUACUGUUAAGGCAUCAGGGACAAUCCAGGAACAACUUAAUGCUAUAGCACCAGCGCUCGAACAGCUGUGGAAACAAAAAGAGGAGAGGGUUAAGGAGUUCCUUGAUGUACAAUCACAGAUUCAGAAGAUAAGUGGGGAAUUUGCUGGGAGUACCGGUGAGCUGACUGGUGCUCUGGCAGUGGAUGAGUCUGACUUGUCCCUAAAGAAGUUGAAUGAAUAUCAAGUAAAGCUCCAAGAACUUCAAAAAGAGAAGAGUGAUCGGCUGCACAAAGUCCUUGAUUUUGUUGGCACUGUGCAUGAUCUCUGUGCUGUCCUUGGAGUGGACUUCUUUAGUACUAUAACUGAAGUUCAUCCAAGCUUAGAUGAAGCCACAUGUGCGCAGUCAAAAAGCUUCAGCAAUGACACUCUAUUAAGGUUGGGGAAGACAGUCUCAGCUUUAAAUGAAGAAAAGCAGCAGAGGCUUCAUAAGCUUCAAGAGCUGGAAGCUAAGCUAAUUGAUCUUUGGAAUUUGAUGGACACACCUGAAGAUGAAAGGAGAUUAUUCAACCAUGUUACUUGCAACAUCUCUGCAUCAGUUGAUGAAAUGACUGUUCCUGGUGCUCUUGCUCUGGAUCUGAUUGAACAAGCGCAGGUAGAAGUAGAAAGUCUUGAUCAGCUAAAGUCAAGCAGAAUGAAGGAACUUGCUUUCAAAAGGCAAGUGGAGCUUGAGGAGAUAUUUGCCCAUGCUCAUAUGGAGAUAGAUCCAGAGGCUGCUAGGGAGAAAAUUAUGGCUCUGAUUGAUUCUGGGAAUGUUGAACCUGCUGAGUUACUAGCUGACAUGGAUAAUCAAAUCAUGAAAGCGAAACAAGAAGCCCUUAGUAGAAAAGAAAUAUUGGAUAGGGUUGAAAAAUGGAUGUCAGCUUGUGAAGAAGAAAGUUGGAUUGGUGACUACAAUCGGGACGAUAACAGAUAUAAUGCAAGCAGGGGUGCACACUUAAAUCUUAAGCGUGCCGAGAAAGCGCGUAUUCUGGUCAACAAAAUUCCAGGUAUGGUUGACACUUUGGUUGCCAAAACUCGAGCUUGGGAGGAAAAUCAUGGCAUAUCAUUUAAGUACGAUGGCGUUCCCCUUCUUGCCAUGCUAGAUGAAUAUGUCGUGCUCAGGCAAGGAAGGGAAGAAGAGAAAAGGAGGCUUAGGGAUAACAAGAAGUUCAGCGAGCAGCAAAACACUGAACAAAAUGCCAAUUUCAGUUCAAGGUCAGCUCCUACAAGAUCAGCCGGUACAAAGAAGGUGGUGGGGCCUCGAGCAAAUGGAGGAGCCAAUGGAACCCCUAGCAGACGGUUGUCUCUAUGUGCUAGUCAAAACGGAAGCAGAUCUGCUGGUAAAGAUGGGAAGAGGGACAGUACGAGGCUGGCAGCUCCAGUCAACUUUGUUGCCAUAUCAAAGGAGGAUGCCGCAUCCCAUAUUUCAGGAACCGAUCCAGUUCCGGCAUCACCUUAAUAAUAAAUAUAGACGUUUUACACCCUGUCUUCUUUCUAGUGUUAUUACCUCAUAUUUUUUAGUAUAUUGGUCCGAAGUUGAAGUGCUGUUGUAGCAAUAGAGUGAGUGACUAUAGAAUAUACCAGUAUACCGUUAUUAGCUGUGUAAUAUUGUGAAAUUCGACAUUUUCAAGCCGGUUUCCUAUUCAUGUUGUCUCAUUAGUUGUGUAAUACUGUGAUGUUUGG